CAGGAGCUUAAGAAAUGGGGGACAAGAGCUAUUACCUUCGCGCCACGUUUAACGAACCUGGGAAUCCCCAAACCUUGUAGGGCAAAAAGUUUUCCAUGGUGACUGACCAGUGAUAUACAUUUCAACUUUCCCAGAUCAGUAUUGACUUCAAUCGCAACAGAUAAUGGUGUCAUUGUCGAACGGUGGAUCAUCCUGUGAGAACCCAAACAAGCGACCAAUGCAAAAUAGUAAUGUGCCCAAGUACAAGCCCAGGAAAGUCUCUGCAGUUCGGGAUUUUCCAUCUGGGUGUGGCCCAAAUGCUAUGCCAGGAGAUGUGAAGCUCAGAGAAGAAAAUAGCAAUGGUGUUAAGAAUUCUGAAUUGGCUUAUAUGAUGGGGGCAAAUGAAGUUGAAAAUUCUGUAAUGCCCAACAUUGUGGAGGCAAGUGGGGUUAGGGAUGCUGAAAUCUCUCAAGUUAUGGUACCCGAUGCGGUCAAUAAUUCUGAAAUAAUGAAUGUUGUGGUCCCUCGUGGUGUCAAAAUCCCUGAGACUGAGAUUGAGGGUUGUCAAGACAUAGUUGUAAAUAAUCCUGUUGAAAUAGAAAUGACAGAAUCAACAGAUGUGCUGGUGGGAAAAGUGGUGACCACAGCCACAGAUGAUUUAUCAAAUUGGGUUGAAGAACUGAUGAUGGGUACCAGAACCGUAGGGGUUGAAUUGCAGAAUGACUUAAAAAGUAAUUCAAUGAAGGAAGUUGACCAGGCUGGGGGUCAGAAGACUAUUCUGGAGGGGUUAAAUGGGACGGAAGGUUUGGCUUUGGCUAAGAAUACAGCUUCAGAGGAAGCAAAACCUGGCCUGGAUAUUGGUGCUUCAAUUGACAGAAUGGAUUCGCUUGGUGGUUCUCAGUUCUCAUCGUCACCCAAGGGAUCAAUUGCUGAGGGCAGCGUUAAGAUAGGAACUUCCUUUAGGCGUGAGGAUAAAUUCCGUCGUAGAAAAGUGUCUGCUGUUCGUGACUUUCCUCCUCUCUGCGGUAGAAAUGCUCCUCGACCAAUUCAAGAAGGAAGGCAGACGGUUGCUUGUGGAAAAGCUUGUCUUGAUGCCAUUGAAAAUACUAAAACAGAAACGGAUGUGACUCAGAAGUUGAGGAAUAAUCUGGACAGAGAGGCAUUGAGGGAGGUGCCAAUGAUCUCUGGAACCAAGUGUUUGGAAAGAGUUGAAAAGAUUGAAGUAAAUUCAGAAUCAAUUGGAACAAUGAGAGAUAUUGCAGGAGGAGGGUCAUCAGGAGAGAUAGCGACAGGUGUUGCCAAAAUCGAUGCUUUUCACAAUGUGGCAGGGAACACUUUAAAAAGUGGGCUAACGAGAAAACCAAGUGAUGACAGUUUUGAAGAAUUGGGAAUAGGUGUACAGGAUGGUUAUUUCAAGGAAACAAAACGAAGAGGAGUCCCGUCAGGUUCAAGGACCUUGUCCAAACCAGUUCUUGAUUAUGCUGAUGAGGAUGCUGGAGGUCCAGUGGGGAGGGAUAUUGUUGUUUACUCAACAGACAGAAGUGAUGAAGCAAGGACUUCACAACGUUCUUUUAUCUCAACGAAUGGAGUAAAUUUGGAGAUUGUGCAUGCCCUGAUGGCUGCACCAAAUUGUCCGUGGACAAAAGAUAAGUCAGCUUUUAGUCAUUCAAGGGGAGGAAAAGUGAGGAGGCAGAGUUUAUCUUCACAAGAAAAGUCCAAACCGGUGACCAAAAAAAGUAGUAUUAAAGGAGAAAAUUCUGGAGGAUCAUCCCUGAAGAAAAAAAGAAUUCCUGCUUCCAGUGGAAACCCAGGUGCACUGAUCAUCUGGGAUGAAAAAAAUAAUGGUGCUUGCAAUGAAGAAGUACCUGCAAAUUCUCCUUCCACCCAUAAACCACAUGAUUUUGAUGUUAGCCUCCCUCCUUUUGGUCCCAAAAGCUCCAGCCACACUGAUAUCCGCAAUAGAGUGAGAGAGACUCUUCGAUUAUUCCAUUCUAUUUGUAGAAAGCUCUUGCAAGGAGAAGAAGCAAAGUCAAUACCAGAAGAGGAAAGGAAAUCGAAGCAGCCUGAGAAAUCCAAGAGGAUUGAUCUUCGUGCAGCACAGAUUAUAAAAGAUAGAAAAAUGGAAGUUAACACAGAGAAGCAAAUUUUGGGAGAAGUGCCAGGAGUUGAAGUAGGCGAUGAGUUUCAGUACAGAGUGGAGCUUGCCAUUGUUGGCAUUCACCGCCUCUACCAGGCAGGCAUAGAUUCCAUGAAACUCAAUGAUGUACUAGUUGCAACUAGUAUCGUUUCUUCUGGGGUUUAUUUUGAUGAUACUGAAGAUGCUGACGUCUUGAUGUACUCUGGAGAAGGUGGAAACGUUGUUGGGAAGAAUAAGCAGCCGGAAGAUCAGAAGCUUUUGAAAGGAAAUUUGGCAUUAUGGAAUUGUAUAGCAGCAAAAACUCCUGUUCGUGUUAUCCGUGGAUGGAAAACAAAACCUUCUGAUUCUUUGGAUUCAAGAUCUAAGCUAGUCACCACCUAUGUUUAUGAUGGCUUGUAUACAGUGACAGAGUGUAGGGAGGAAACAGGGCCUCAUGGUAAGAUGGUUUUCUUGUUUGAGCUGAGGAGGAAUCCUGGUCAACCUGAGCUUGCCUGGAAAGAAUUGAAGAAAUCUAAUAAGCACACAGUCCGGCCGGGUAUCUGUGUCAAUGACAUUUCAGAAGGAAAAGAACCAUUAUCUAUAUGCGCUGUGAAUACUGUAGACAGUGAGAAACCUCCACCAUUUAACUACGUUCCCAAGAUGAUGUAUCCUGCUUGGCACCAAUCUGUUGCCCCUGAAGGCUGUGAUUGUUCAGGGAGAUGCUCUGACUCUAGAAAAUGCCGAUGUGUGGUAAAAAAUGGAGGUGAAAUUCCAUACAACCGCAACGGGGCUAUUGUUGAAGCAAAAGCUCUUGUAUAUGAGUGUGGUCCUUCCUGCAAAUGCCCUCCUUCUUGCUACAACAGAGUCAGCCAACGUGGUAUUAAAUUUCGGCUUGAGAUAUUUAAGACAGAAUCAAGAGGCUGGGGUGUAAGAUCCCUAAAUUCUAUUCCUUCAGGAAGCUUUAUAUGUGAGUAUGCAGGGGAGCUUCUCGAAGAUAAGGAAGCUGAACAAAAAAUUGGCAACGUCUCCUCCAUUCUUCAUCUUUGGUUUGUUGUUUUCUACAGUUAUCUCUUUCGAUUUCGCAUUUAUGAAUGCUUGCAUCUAUUAUAUAAAUAUAACAGUGUCAUGUCAAACUUCGGAUUAUCCAGUGAUAAUCGUAAUAAUCUGUCAUCAAGAAUUCGUUCUGUACCUGAGUUCAAGCCCAGGAAAGUCUCUGCAGUUCGGGCUUUCCCACCUGGGUGUGGCCUCAAUGCUAAGCCAGUGGAUUUGAAGUUGGACAGUGUUAAGCUGGGAACAUCCUCUGGUCCAAAUGCUCCUCAACCUACCCAAGAAGAACAACAGAUGAUUAAUCGUGGAAAAGGUUUUGUGGAUGACAGUACAAAGAUUGAAGUGGAAACUGAUGCAAUUCAGACACUAAGGAAAAAUCUGGAAAGAGGGGCAUUGAUGGACACGCAGAUCAUAUCUCAAACUGAAUCUGUGGAUGGAGUUGAAAAGGUUGAAGUCAGAACAGAAGCAGUGGAAAGACUUGAAACAAUUAGAGGAACAAUCGGAGAAGAUGUGAUGAAGCUGCCUUUAUCGUGCAAUGCACCACAUGAUUUUGAUGUUACCAUGCCUCCCAAACAUUCCAGUCAUGAUGAUGCCCAUCAUAGAGUGAUAGAGACUCUUCGAUUGUUUUCUUCUAUUUGCAGAAAGCUCCCACAAAAUGAGGAAAAGUCUGAGAAUCAACCCAGGAGGAUUGAUCUUCAUGCAGCGAAGAUUAUCAAAGAAGAAAAAAAGGAAGUUAACAUAGGCAAGCAACUUUUGGGAGAAGUGCCUGGAAUUGAAGUGGGGGAUUGCUAUUGUUGGCAUUCACCGCCUUUACCAGACUGGUAUUGGCAAGAAACUGGACCUCAUCGGAAGCUGGUUUUCAUGUUUGAGUUGAGUCGAAUUCCCGAUCAACCUAUGCUUGGAAAGAAAUCAAAGAUACAAGGGGGUUUGCCUGGUGGGUGUGAAGCAUACAAGUCCUUUCAUGGCCAGUUAGCCUCACUUUGGGAUAGUAACGGGACAGCAUGCGAGUCUCCAUCUUUGUCUAGUCGGAAUUUUCAAGAG